AUGGAAUCAGAGUUCAUAGUUUUGGAUAAGACAAGUGAAGAGGCUGAAUGGUUAAGGAAUUUUCUUAUGGAUAUUCCUUUGUGGUCCAAACAUCUUCCAGCUAUCUAUGUCCAUUGUGACAAUCAAGCAGCUAUUUCUAAAGCUCAAAAUUCAUCCUGCAAUGGAAAGUCUAGACAUAUUCGUAGGAGGCACAAUAUUGUACGUCAGCUGCUUAAGGAUGGCGUUAUAGCUAUUCAUUAUCUGAACUCAAGUGAUAAUAUUGCUAACCCAUUAACCAAAGAAUUAGCUAAAGAGCUAGUUCAGAAAACAUCGAGGGAGAUGGGACUAAAGUCUAUUACAAAUUAG